AUGUCUGCAUACAUCGAUGGAGUGUUGGUACAUAUGGAGGCCCCCGAGGGCUACCAUGUCGAUUUCGAGAAUCCGUUGCGCCGCAAGGUCCCCGACAUCUACUAUCUGAGCGGAGUGGCAUGUCUGCUGUCGCUCCUCAGCAUGCUGCAGCGCUUUUACACCAAAGCGGUGUUGGACAAGAAGAUACAGGCGGAUGAUUAUCUCUUGAUAUUCGCGUAUCUCAGCGCCUUAGCAACGAUAGGCCUAACCCUCCUCACCUUCGCCGAAACGUACGCCGGUGUUCAUGCAUGGGAGAUCUCCGAAUGGAAUUACUGCUCGUUAUUAAUAUACACAUAUAUAUCGUGGGCCGUCUAUAUUAUCUGCGGAUCGCUCGCGAAGUUAUCACUGCUCGCCUUCUAUCUCCGUCUAAGCCCCCAACGAUGGUUCUAUAUUGCAACUUGGACUACAAUCGGCUUUGUCAUCGCAUAUACGAUUGCCCUACUGCCCACGAUGCUUAUAGGAUGCAAGUUUGUUGAUGGAAGGCUGGGCGGAGACGAUAAGAUCACAUGCCCCGCCGUAAGCAUGGCGAAUGCAAUUCUGAACAUUGUCUCCGACGUGAUUCUGUUUGUUCUGCCGGUGCCAAUGGUUCUCAAGCUGCAGGUUAGGAGACUUCAAAAGUUUGGGCUGUUGUUGAUCUUCGGAGUUGGCUCCUUGACCAUUGUCACAUCAAUUGUUAGAGCUGCUGUGCUCCCUGCUAUGAUGCAUUCAGCUGAUCAAAGCUGGGAAAUCACCAAUGUCUCCACCUGUAUCAUUAUUGAAGCCAACUUAUUCGUAAUGUGCGCUGCUUUGCCCACACUACGUAAAUUCUUCCAGCACGCAACGCCCAAGUACAUCUUGGACAGUCUGUACGGUAGCUCGAAAUCAAAAUCGACAAAUCAAGGCAGCUCUUCACAACGACCAACGCUGGUUACUAUCGGGGGAGGAACGGACAAUAAACAGCGACCGCGUUCGUACCCCACGGGUAUGUCGAUACCAUCUGAGACGGGCAGCAGCUCCGAAAUUCUGCCUAUUCAGGGCUUUUCGACUAGAACGAGUACUACAACCACAGACGGGGGUGAUAUGAUAACACCUUUGCCUGAUGAUAUACCAUUGCAAUAUCAGAGUUAUGGAGUUGGUGUCGCUAAAUAA